AUGAAUCUUUUUAUUUAUAUCCUACUUUUGCCAAUUUGGACACAUAAUUGUUUAAAUACAACAAUACAAAGUGAUGGAUCUUCUACUACAGGAGCUAAGCCCUCUGAAACAAUGGAGACAAAAAUGGACAGUUUUAGGAGACGUCUACUCAUUAUCGUAAUUGGUGUUAUGAUCAUAGCCUUUGUCUUUACCUGUUUCUGUUUCCUCCAUUUUAAUUGUAUGAGCGAUGAUAGCCUCAAAACAGGAGUGCUCAAGAAAGAAGGUAUGGCACUCAAGACACCCAGGUCAUCCAAAAUGUCAUUCAGUGAAUCCAAGACAACCAGUCUGUACGGUCCAGAAAAACAAUGCACACUAUCCACUCUAGACAAUUUAUCUAGGCCCUUGACUCCAGAUAUGUUAUCCAUACUAUCCAGUGCGGAAAAGUCAAACAUGCCAUCAACUCCAGACAAAUCAUCCAUACCAUACAGUACAGAAAAAUCAGGGCCAUUGAGUCCAGAAAAGUCAUCCAUACCAUCCAGUGCAGAAGAGUUAAUGAGGCCAUCAAGUCCAAAAAAGUUAUUCAAACCAUCAAGCUCAAAAAAACAGAUUAGGUCUUCUCACCUGGAAAAGUCAUAUAGAAUACGUUCUCUAAAAAAAUCAUAUAAGGUAUCCCCUUCCCAUAAGCGAGUCAAUCAAGUCAGUUCAUUCAAUCCAAACAAGACAGUCAGGCCAGCUUGGUCAGCCAAUCUACAAUAUGCAACCAGGUCAUCAUUCGAGACACGUUGUUCACCACAUCCACAAAAUGCAAUCUUGCCACAUAAGCCAUCCAGGGUACAGAACUUGGCCAAGACACACAGACAUCUUAAAAGUCCAGUGAGUACAGGCAAGGAAGCCUUGAUAUCCAGCCCUCAAUUAGACAUGACUUGUCAAUGCUACAAGGAAAAAUGCCUUAUUUGCAAAACUUUUCCUGAGCCUUUGGUCAGUGAUAUUUCUGAGGCAAAGAAGAGAAAAGCUCAAAAUCUAUCUGGUUCAAGUAAAGAGAAGCCUUUUCCCUGGUCCUUUCUUCAGGUAGAUUCCAGGGACGAUGUGUACAAUGAUAAUGUGAGUGACAGUGAUCUGAGGACAUACAACACUGAUGAUGACAGUGAUAGAGAGAUAACCAUUAUUUGCAGCAUGAGACAAACUGAAGCCAUCCUUAAAAGAAUUUCCCGAGCGCUCCCAGCCUCCACACCCAGCCGGUGUGGAACACCGCGUUUAGGCCCGGCUGUCUCAGUCUCUUCCUUUUUCAACCCUCUGGGCAAACCCGGGGCGGGCGUGUGGGGGAGCUCCCAGCCCGCAGAACGCGGCGGAGUGGGGGACUCUCAAACUACAACUCCCAGGCUGCUCUGGGAGCAGAGCGGGGGAGGGGACGAGAAAAAGGAGAGGGAAAGCCGCGUAGGUGGAAGCGGAGCAAAUCUAAGCGAGAGUAGUGGGAAGACCCUCGCCUUUGGAGACGAGGAGGGGUCAGCUUUUAUAACUAAUCUCCCGCCCGCGCCCCUCCCCGCCCGCGUUGGGGUCUCCCAAAGCCCCGCUGGUCCCCACUCUCUCAAGAGACCAGCUCCUCCCAGCCAGGAAGCCGGGAGCCCAGCCGUCUCGCAGGCUCGGGCUGCCUGGCGGGCUGCGCCGAGGCUCCCAAGCCGGAGUGUGGGAUCAGCGCGCGGGGCGGCGCGGCUGCCGCGGACUGAGGAGGGGUUCGAAGCGGCGCGGCGGCCGAAUUAG